UUUACGGCCAUUUACUAUUUGAGCGGGGACACAGAGGACCCUGCCACCACUCUUUGGAUAGGCAGUCUCGCCGGAACAUCCCAGGACCUUACCUCAGUUUUGACUUAGUCGUCCCCCUGCAGUCCCAACACUCAACAUGUCUCAAGCCGAAGACCUCGAUAUGGACAACAGGGAUCCCAACAACUUGAACGAUCAUGUCAAGGUAUCCUUCGAUGAGGUUCUUGGUGAACCCGAUGGCAUCCGGUCCAUGGACUGUGUGUGGCGCAACUCCUACAAGUGCUUCAGCUGCUGCAAAGGAUGCUGCUACAAGCUGCUCACUCUCUUCUGUGGUAUCCCCCUGGCCAUGUGCUGGGGCUGCGAGUUCGCCAUGAUCACCUUCCAACACGUGUGGUACAUCACUCCUUGCAUGAGAGCCUAUAUGAUCAACUGUGGAUGUCUGCAGAAGUUCUACGGCACCUGUAUUCAGUGUUACCUGCAACCGCUCUACGAGGCUAUGGGUUACUGCUUCAGUAACAUCCGGGUCACAAACCUUACGGGAUAACCUAUGGGACUGUCAGUUUACAGUUUUUGAAUUUAAUCUCGUGUGUUUAAGUUUAAGAAGUAUUUAUUCAUUUUCGAGAAUCAUAUUAAGUUGUUUUUCCCAACAGAUUGGUCUACGCACGAGGAAAAAAAUGAAAAUUUAGGGCAACUUAACCAUUCGACAUCAGUCAUCAAUGUGCCUUUUUGUUUCAAAUACUAAAAUGUAAAUUUUGUAACUUAUUCGAUGUCCAUUCAGCGAUGUAUCUUAACAAGACUGAGAAAGAUAAAGAACAAUCCAAUCAAUGAUGGGUUUAUGUUCUACUUUUAUAUUUUUGUUAUACAUUUUUCUGCAAGCAGUAUUUGAAGUGAAACUAUGUACACAGUAGUCACUUUCAGGCUAGAAGUUCAGCGAUAUUUGGCUCAGUAUUGAACAUAAUUUUGUACCAUUCCUGAGCUGACUUUUGUCAUUCUGGUGUCAUCAAGCCAGCUGUUGAAAGGUGAUAUUGAACGUAUCAAGUUUAACUAUAGACUUGUAUCUUAAUAUCAAAGACUAUGCACGCUAACGUAAUUCCUGUUCAGUGAGGAGAGCACCAUUUGACUCUACUUGGAAGCAAAUGAAGGACAAGGAGGGACAAGUUGCGCGCGCACUCGACUACAGCGAGACAGGUGUUCUGUCCUUCAUUUGUGCCCCCAUGGUGUGCCUCAGCGCAGCAAAGUUUUCGUAUAGAGCUAAAAGCGAUGGCCAUGACAGUGCCCGAUCUAGAAUAUUAUAAUUCAAGUCUAUGGUUAUAACAGACGAUAUUAUAAUGGCAGCAGUAGAGAAUAGGCUCUGUUACUGUCAGUAAUGUUUAGGAAAAGAAAGAUAUUUGUUGUGUUUUUAAACUGCUGACAACUAAUUCCGUCCAUGCGUUGUUUAAUGCUCCAUUAUGUAUUAAGUUAUUAACAGUUAUUCAUUCAUCCAGCACAAGCUAUGAUAUUUUUAUGCAACCUUCUCUAUGUGGGGCCCCAGGAGGCUCCCUGUCCUCGUGCUGUGUGUGUACUGGAACGCACUGAUAGGCCUACGUGUACAUAGAACAGGCGCCGCGCACAUCAACACCAGGCUGUGGUUUAAAAAAGAACAAAGAUCAAAUAGGCCUAGAGUCCGUAGGGUUUUACGACAUGUGUUGUCAAGAGACAAAGAAAAAAAAUGGUUAUCGUAAAGACAUCUUGAAAAUUCCCUUAACAGACUGAAGAAAAAGCCGGCGUCUCUCAUCCCAUUAAUCAUAAUCAAUAUUCCAAUGGGUUUUCUGCUGCGAAAGUUCUGCAAGGGCCAAUGUGGUAGUCAAUCAAUUGAUUCCAAAUCAAUGAAUCUUUAAUAGGGAGACUUCAUGACUUGUCAUGUCUGAUUUGGAUGUACGAGGGGAAGCAAUUUGGCCCAAGCGAGUCUUGCAGUAUUCCUUUUGUUGAUAAGGAAGUGGAGCUUGGCGCACCGAACAGAAUGCCACAUAACACACUGAAUAAACAAGCUCUUUGUUGUAAAUAUGAUGUGUGUCAUGGAUAUUAUAAUUUUUGUCGGUGUUGUCAUGGAAAUCAUCUUCGAUUUCAUUGUUACGACAUUCAGGAAUCACAGUGAAAGACAAUAUCACAGCACAGUUUUUACCAUAAUUAUUCACUGGUUCCCGAAACAGAAUAAAGCGAAAAUACGUUUAGAAAGUAGGCAAUACUCUGCCACGUGCACGUCAGGUUGAACAACUGUGGGGGGGGGGGGGUGCUCUCUCUCUCUCUCUCUCUCUCUCUCUCUCUCUCUCUCUCUCUCUCUCUCUCUCUCUCUCUCUCUCUCUCUCUCUCUCUCUCUCCUUUUGUCUCGCUCUCUCUCUCAUCUUUUAACUGUGCCUUAAGGUAAUAGCAACUGUUUCUCUUCUCUAAACAUUAAACCAAGACUCAAAAUGUCCUUCUACCACUGAAGUCCUGCUGGUCACUUACUCACUUACUGUUAUUUACUUUAUUGUCGAGUGAUACAUGUUUGUCAGCUUAUGCUUGAGUGUCUCCUUCUAUUAUUUCGUAUCACUAUAGUAUUAUUCCUCUGACGUGGGCAUUGUAUUAUUACCCGAACCCCUAUGCACCUCGACACUUUGGAAGUGUCAGUCAUGAGUUACAAACAAGCUGUGAUCAAACUGUACAUUGUUUACCAAACGCCAUUUUGAUAAUAAAGUCUUGGAAUACUCGAA